UGCGAUGAGAGUGAGUUUCAGUCCCGUCGUCGACUGGCCCUAAAGCUCAAUUUUGAAGGAAAGGAUCACAAAAUUGCACGACAGGCAGCAGCAGCGAUGGCAGCUUCGCAACUUCUUCAGCAAUCUGCUGUUGUCAGGGUUUCGCAUUCUUGCGGCCCGGGUGGUGGUGCUGGUGGUGCACAGACCAACUCCCCACGAUACGAUGGUUUUGAGGGAAUUGUAGUGUGCGCACUGGGACGAGGGCAUCGUGGUUUGCGCUUCGAUGGGGACCGUCCGUGUUCAGUGCGGGCGUCGAACCUUGCGCACUAUCUUCUCGAAGGAAUGCGCGCAGGCAGCUUUGACGGAAUCCUCGGCGGUGGACUAUCCAACGCAAGGGGAUUACAGUUUGUCGCACAGCAACGGUCAGGGCGAAGCGCACUGUAUGGGGAUGCGGAGACGUACGUGUUGAUGGAGCCAGGGGAGGAUGAGCAAUUCGUUACAGCUGAAGAGCUUCAAGAAAGACUUAAGAAUUGGUUGCAAGAAUGGCCUGGCGAGGAGCUCCCCGUAGACCUAGCAAAGUUUCCAACGUUAGACGAAGCAGUGCAAUAUCUGUUGAAUGCAGUGUGCGAGCUCGACCUCGGAGAUGGCCAGGGAUCCAUCCAGUGGUUCGAGGUGCGCCUGGAUUAGGGCGUUGCCUUUCUUCCACUUUUUGUAUCGUUUUCUCGUUCUCAACUUACUCUAGAAACUCAGAUGUAGGUGCAAAUUUUGUAGUCAUUUACUGUUAUUCAUUGUUGUUCUUGAGAUAUUCCUGUAAUAUCACCACAUAAAUGAAGAGCAGGAGGAGGAGCAGAGAAAAAUCUUCAAUCGGAGCUCACUUUUGUGAAA